GCCAGCCAACAUGGUGUUGCAAAAAUCGUUGCGCACUAACGCGGACAGCGAGAAGGAAAACAAAACAACCGCAGCAGCGUCUGUUAGCGGCGGCGGUACGGGCAGCGGGGGGAGUGAUGCACAUGCAAGUGGUGCCGGGUGUUCUAAACAAACGAAAGAAAAAGCUUCCGACACCCAGAUCGUUGGUUCGGAUGGCGUUAGCUCGAGUGCGGCCGGCUCACCGGAUGCGAGUGGUGGAGAGGGUAACAAGGAUGAGCUGGUUAUUGGUGAGGAGUAUAUGGUCCAGCGGCAGGACGGUUCGUGGCAUUUGGCACAGCUGAUUCAAUCACGUCAAAACCCGUGCGAUCCGAAACAGCUAGAGUACUACAUUCAUUACGAAGGACUUAACCGGCGGCUAGAUCAGUGGGUGACACGGGAUCGAAUAUCGAACGACGGGGUACCGGGAACCAGUCCAACCGGUGCCGGGAGUGAUCGUCCGACUAGUGUCUCUAUUCCAUCGAACGUUUCGGGCGAUGGUACUUCGGCUAGGAAAAGUCCUCUCGGAUCGAGCACGGUUAAUGCCAAAGAUCGAUCUUAUGGGUUAAAGCCGGGUUCGAAGGAAGUCGGUUCGUUGCUGACGAGUGGUGCUGAUUACAUCGGUUCCAGUCUUGAUGGGACGGACACGGAUCGGAAAAUAACGCGCAACCAAAAGCGGCGUCAUGAUGAGAUAAAUCACGUACAGAAAACGUACGCUGAUAUGGACCCAACAACGGCAGCACUUGAGAAAGAGCACGAAGCGAUCACAAAGGUGAAGUACAUCGAUAAACUGCGCAUUGGCAGGUACGAAAUCGACACCUGGUACUUUUCACCCUACCCCGAGGAGUAUGGCAAAGUUGGCACGAUGUACGUGUGCGAGUACUGUCUGCGAUACAUGCGGCUGGCAAAAACCCUAAAAGAACACAAAGCCGUCUGUACCAGACGUCAGCCACCGGGUAACGAAAUCUACCGGAAGGGAACAUUAUCGAUCUUCGAAAUAGACGGCAAAGAUCACCGAUUCUAUUGCCAAACGCUGUGCCUGAUGGCCAAGCUGUUCCUCGAUCACAAAACGCUCUACUACGAUGUGGAUCCGUUUUACUUUUAUGUGCUGUGUGAAAUCGAUCGCGAAGGACAGCACAUCGUGGGGUACUUUUCCAAGGAGAAGGAAUCACCCGAAGGCAAUAAUGUUGCCUGCAUUCUCAUACUUCCACCCUACCAGCGGAAGGGCUACGGCAAACUGCUGAUUGCGUUUAGUUAUGAACUUUCGCGUCGCGAAGGGAUUAUUGGAAGCCCGGAAAAACCGCUGUCCGAUCUCGGCAAACUCAGUUACCGUAGCUAUUGGGCGUACACGCUGCUCAAACUCAUUAAGGACUAUCGGACGACGACGAUAAAGGAACUGAGCGAACUGUCCGGCAUCACGCCGGAAGACAUCAUCUACACGCUGCAGUCGCUGAACAUGGUGAAAUAUUGGAAGGGUCAGCAUGUUAUCUGCGUAACGCCAAAACUGAUCCAGGAGCAUCUCCAGAUGCCACAGUUCAAGAAGCCGAAGCUGAUGGUGGACCCGGCAUACCUCAAAUGGACACCGCAGAAGCGCAACAACCCAGCAAAGCAGAUAAAGAAGAAUUAGAUUAAGAAACCCA